AUGGAGCGAGGAAGGGGUCGCUUACACUUGAGAACUACCGAACAGCACGUGCCGGAGAUUGAGGUCCAGGUCAAACGUAGAAGGACAACUUCACUAUGCAACCAAGAAUAUCUCUUGUACCCAAGGUGUUCUCAGCAACAGCAAGUUCCUGUGGUGGAUUUCCAGGCAGAAGUGAGAAAGGCAUUCUCAGCUGAGACACCAAGAAGUGGCUAA